AUGGCAAGUGGUAGUGGAAGUGGCAGUGGAAGUGGUAGUGGUACGGGUGGUUGCGGUGCUGGUGACUGUUGCCAAAUCGUUAUGGAUGAGCUGCGGGCCGUUACGUCUAGGGAGAUAAAUCGGGUGUUACAAACGGCCAUGCAGCAGCAGCAACAGCUGGCGGUACCUAGACCCAUCCGUCGUCGAGCUAUAGUACCUCGGGACCGCAUCACUGCACACCAUCGAUUGUACGCGGACUACUUUGCUCCAGAGCCGCGGUUUGGGGACAACUUAUUCCGCCGACGUUUUUACAUGAGCCGUCCAUUGUUUCUUCGUAUCGUUGGCGCUUUAGAGCGUCGAUACGAAUAUUUCAGGAUGAGAGAGGAUGCGGUAGGUAAACCCGGUCACACGCCCAUUCAGAAGUGCACUGCCGCAAUCAGACAGCUGGCAUACGGAGAUGCGGCCGACAUGUUCGACGAGUACCUCCACAUCGACGAGUCGACUGCCCGCGAAUGUCUGGAGUUUUUUUCUCAAGGUGUUAGGGAGAUAUUCGGGGAUACCUAUCUUCGGAAGCCUACCCCCCAAGACUGCCAGGAACUGAUAACUAUGCACAAGAGUCAGCAUGGGUUUCCGGGAAUGUUGGGUAGCAUAGACUGUAUGCAUUUGGAAUGGAAGAACUGUCCCUCCGCCUGGAAAGGGUUGUACACAACCGGUUUCAAGAGCAAGCAUCCCACGAUUGUCCUUAAAGCGGUAGCUGACUACCGGCUGUGGAUUUGGCAUGCAUAUUUUGGAGUAGCCGAUUCGAACAACAACAUCAAUGUCCUACAGUCGUCCCCCCUUUUCAACGACCAAGAACUUGGUGUUGGUUCGGCUGUCAGUUUCGUCGCCAACGGCAACCAACACAACAUGGGCUACUAUUUGGCGGAUGAGAUUUAUCCUAUGUGGCCCGUCUUCGUGAAGACGAUCAGAUGCGCAACAGAAGAUAGGAAGAAAUAUUUUGCGAGUCGUCAGGAGGCAGCGCACAAGGAUGUGGAGCGGACAUUUGGUGUGCUCUAG